UAUAAAUCACACAUUUGGAUUUACCCAUUUCGCUUCGUAAUCAUUUUAAUUAAACAGCAACUCUGUGCACGUUUUAUAACAGACUCGUUACGUUGGCAGGAAUUGAACGCGAUGGGGUCCGGAGAGAGCACGUCAAGGAGAGUUUCUUUCGGCCUAGAUGAGGAUGACAGAGUCAGGAUUCUGCGUGGAGUCAAACUUUCUGAAGAUGUUUUGCAGCGCAUGAGGAAUCAAAGUCAAGCUCCUGAUCCAAGACCAUCUGCCCAGACUAAAGAAAACUUGGGCCAGGAGACUCGGACUUCCAGUGCGUCUGACGUUCCACCACCAGAAUCUCAGCCGAGGACUUUUGCUGACAGUAAAGAGGAGCUCAGAAAGAGGUAUGAACGGCAGCAGGCCAUUAUACAAGAGGAGUUGGCUCGCGUUGCUCACAACGAGAGAGAGGCAGCGCGUCAGGACAUCACUCGAGCGGUGAAGAGAGAGAGAGCACAGACGCGGCAGGAGUCAGAGAAAGCCAAACAGCUGGGGAAACAGCUGGACAAGAAGGAGGCGGAGCUUAAGGCCCUGAAUGCAUUCUACAGGGAGCAGAUUGCACAGCUAGAGAAGAAGAAUGAAGAACGAUUCAAGAUGUCUGCCGAACAGUUCCACACCGCUGCGGCCCGAAGUGAAGCCAAUAUAAAGCCACGUAACAUGGAGCCCGUGUGCACGAUCCUGCAGGCUCAGAUCCUGAACUGUUACAGAGAGAACCGCGCGCAGACACUUCAGUGUUCAGACCUGGCCAAAGAGUACAUGCAGUGCAUCAAUACUGCCAAGAAGAAUGUGUUGGUGAAUCACGGUUAAGGAACGGCGCCGUCUUACCUGUCGCUCUCAUUCAUCUGUGCGUCUGGUUUUACGGAUCGCUUCAUCUUCAGCUUUUCUACCCAAUUACCAUCUGAUCCUGUGGCUCCCGGUCGCACUACAGUGUACUGAACAGGCUUUAUGUUACAGGAUGCAACGAGUAAUUCAUUAUCUUCAACAGCACUGAGAAUGAGACUGAAGACAUGCAAGGCUUGAUUUUUUAUAAGAGUGUACUCAGGAAAUCCUGAUGCUUUUAUUUGUCAGGAUAUUAUUUAUGCAUUGUAUUUCAUUAAAGCAUAUCUUCAGAAAUGGAGAA